UGCCUGUCUCCUCCUCCCCUCUUGCCCUACGCAGUAGCCAGAGAAGAGCCUGCUCGCAUAGACGGAGGACGGUGAAGGCCAUGAAUAGCAGCAGCACUUCCCACACUCUAAUCCAAAGAGUCGUGCACAGAGGAGAUCAAUAGAGGAGGUGGGUUGCGAGCACACCAUGGCGGGGAGUGGCUACAAAGACCUGCGAGAGAAGCUGAAGUCCAUGAUGCCUUAUCGGGACAACUACAAAGGCAACAGCCUGCGGGAUCCUACAGAGUCUCCCUAUGGGGCAGAGCGAAAACGCAAGUACCAUGAGGACUCUGACUCUGAGCCCAGUGACUACGAGGAGGAGCAGCAGCAGAAGGAGGAGGAGGAGGCCCGGAAAGUCAAAAGUGGCAUCCGGCAGCUUCGUCUCUUCAGCCCAGACGAGUGUGCCAAGAUUGAAGCCCGGAUCGAGGAUGUCGUGUCUAGAGCUGAGAAAGGCCUCUACAAAGAGCAUACGGUGGACAGGGCCCCUCUUCGGAACAAGUAUUUCUUUGGGGAGGGCUACACAUAUGGGUCCCAGUUGCAGAGGCGAGGCCCUGGUCAGGAAAGGCUGUACCCUCAGGGGGAGGUGGAUGCCAUCCCGGAGUGGGUGCAUGACCUCGUGAUCCGGAAGCUAGUGGAGCACAGGGUGAUCCCUGAGGGCUUUGUGAACAGUGCGGUGAUCAACGACUACCAGCCUGGUGGCUGCAUUGUCUCCCAUGUGGACCCUAUCCACAUCUUUGAGAGACCCAUCGUCUCCGUGUCUUUCUUCAGCGACUCUGCACUCUGCUUUGGCUGUAAGUUCCAGUUCAAGCCCAUCAGAGUCUCCGAACCUGUCUUGUUCCUGCCAGUGAGGAGAGGGAGUGUCACUGUGCUAAGUGGAUAUGCAGCUGAUGAAAUUACGCACUGCAUUCGACCGCAGGACAUCAAGGAGAGGAGAGCUGUCAUCAUCCUUAGAAAAACAAGACUAGAUGCUCCUCGAUUGGAAACAAAGUCGCUGAGCAGCUCUGUGUUGCCACCAGGUUACACCUCUGACCGUCUAUCAGGAAGCAACAGGGAUCAGAUCCUGAAACCAAAGCGGUCCCAUCGCAAAGCAGACCCUGAUGCUGCUCACAGGCCACGGAUUUUAGAAAUGGAUAAGGAGGAGAACAGGCGCUCGGUCCUCUUACCAAAACAUAGGAGACGGAGCAACUUCAGCUCUGAGAACUAUUGGCGAAGGUCUUACGAGUACACAGAGGACUAUGACGAGGAGGAGGAGGAUGGAAGUCCAGCCCGCAAAGUUAAAAUGAGGCGACAUUGAGGCAUGAGCUUUCUGGAGUCUCAAAGCUGAAGAGAUUGGCCUCCAGUCUAUGAAAACUCCCCCUCCCUCCCUCCCUUCCCCCCCCACUCCUGGCUAUUUCUCAUCUAGCUUCAGUUUUGUUGUUUCCUUUCAGGCUGAAGAGUAAUUGGGAAGGAUCUGGCUAUUUGUUUUUAUGAAUGGAGUAAUAGUGAGGCAUAAAUAUUGAUGGCAUGUGUAAGGUGCCACCUGCAGUUUCCAAAGGGGUGUGUCAGAUGGACAUCCCCUCCCUCAUGAAGUGGAUAUUGUUAACGCUGUGGCAGGCUGCCUGGUCUGUAUUUUUGAAAACACCAAAAUUAACUUUUGUUACUGAAGAUUUAAGAAAUUAAUUUUUCCUUUUGCUUUAAGUUUAACUAUUUUUCUUUUUAAAAUGUUCUAAAUACCUUGUUUGACCCCAAGAGUUGAAACUCUUUGUAGCGGCCUCUUACUCCAUGCUACACCAAAGGGCUCCUGAAUUCCUACGUCUGCUAUUGCAUAGUUUGGGUUUUUUCUUUUUAAAGGUGUCCUGCGGCAACUGGAAGUUUGAAGCUUUGCAGGCACCCCUUACUGCAAUCGAUUACAAAGUAUUUCGGAUAUUUGUUGCACUUUAGUAACAGUUUUUAAUGCCCUAUGCUUCCCUCCACUUCCCCCCCCUCAGCUAGUUUGGGCUUGCAAGCAUCUCGUUUUCUGCACUGCUGACUAGAGGGUGUAUUCUCUCUGCGAAGGCCAUACAUAAGCUCUUGCUCACAUCAGUGGUGGUUCUGAGGGGCUCCUCAAGGAGAGAAUAGGCUUGUUUGAAAGAGGGAGGAAUAUUGGACUUGAAGUUGCUCCAUCCACUUGACCCUUCUCGCUAACAGCAUCGUUACAAUUUUUCAGAAGUAUAUUGUGUUUGGAUUUUUAAUCUCUGGAUAAGUGUCUUAGUUGGCUUUACUGAGGCCUGUCAAACUACGGGACUGAGAUUUGUAUUGGCCCCCUAGGCCUUUGAGUAUGAAAAUGAUUCGUGUGUGUGUUUUGGAUACAUGCUUUUUCCUUCUCAAAGCUAUAGAAUAGCCAGAACAAUGUGUAGGGCUAGCAGAUUGCACUUGUGAGGAAAUGUGACUUGGCAAUGCCCUAGGAAGGGCUGUCUUUAUGCUGGUUGGCAUCUUGGUGGAAGUGGAUCUCUCCCUUUUUGGUUCAGGAGGAAAAGGAUCCAGACUGCAUUCUCUCUGGAGUACCCUAUUUGAGGUUGCUUCAGAGCAUUGCAGCAGCUUGAAGAAUCUGUUAAACUUCUCAGCCACAGAGAUGUGCUGAUGCAUAGAAAAGUGUGUGAUAUUGUCACCCCAGUAGAACUAGCAGACUCCUUCUUCCCUCAGUACCUUUGGGGAUGUCUGGGGGUUGGCCUUUUGAGGCAGGAACCCUCUGCUUAGGUGUCAGAUGCCUCCCAUUUAACUUGCAUAGCACUGUCUGUUCCUCGCCUCAACAAACAUCACAACUGAUCUGUGUCCCUCUUCUAUUUACUGAGAGACCAUAGGAAUUCUGGUGCCGUGAGCCUCUUGGCCAGCUACUGAAAGUGCUGCGAAUAAGACUCCUGGAGCUCAAGGAGUUAAUAGGAGAAGUUAGAUAUUCUAAUAUGUUUUUCUGAUCAUCUUUCCACAUUCAGUCUGCAUUAUCCUGGCUUGAAGCCUCAAUGAGUUGUCAAAGUUUGGGGUCUAAUAACUUAUUUAGUACCCUAAUUUUAAUAAUUAAACAGUAAAACUCUCCUCCAUUUGAUUCCUUGAAUCCAAAUGUCAGCAAUUGCAAAGAUUGGUCUUUAUUUUUAAGUUUUUGGUUUUUUUUUCUUUUUUACAGCUUUGCCUUCCCUAAACUUUUUUUUUUUUUUUUUGGGUAGUUUUCCUUGGUAUCGUGUCUUGAACACUAGCUAUGGUCUAUGUACUUUACAAUAAAAAGAUCGAAUAUAUUUUGAAACAUGUCUGGUGCUGUCAUGAAGAGUUUCCAGUCCAGAAACCAAGCAUUGUUCCCUCAUGUGCUGUUUGUUGGAAAUCUAGCACGUUUACCAACCUUCUGACUUUUUUCAUGUGUGGUUCUCCUACCCCAAAAUGUACAGGUGGUCCCUCUUGAAUGCUUAGUCUAUUUAAGACUAGAUCCACCAUUGGUCAUAAUGCAAACAAAACUACUACAGACUUCAGUGGAAGUGCUAUCUGCAUAAGGAUUACUAGACCAAGUCUUUCAAAGGUUAUCCUGGGCUUGUCUUUUUGUGGUGGUUUGUUUUGUUUGUUUGUUUGUUUUCUGGUUAAGAACUUUAGUUGGCAUCGCUCAAAGUUGAGAAUAGUCUUUUGCCAGCCCUUUAAAAGAGCCCCACCUCUGCGCAGAGUUCUAAAAGUUCCUGCUUCUGGCUGUCUUUAAAAUGUAAAUUGCAUUUGAAAAUAAUCUGUUAAAUUAGAACUGCUAUUGCUCCCUCUCCUAGCUUGUUGAGGAGAGUAGCAACCCCGCUCCAAGACCAGCUUAACAAUCAGAAAGGAAAAACUCUUCCCUUUUGGUUUCUCACGCUGGAUCUGCUGCAGUCUUGUCUGUCUAUGGCUGGCCUCGUGAAUGUCACUGUUUUAAGAUGGUGACUCCUAGCAGGAGGCUGAGGAAUGGUUUUAAUUAGAACACUUUUGGAUUCACAAUUUACAUGCUGCUAAAAUGCCCUCUGUGCUUCUAGGGUGCUGUGCUGAGUACAUCCUUUUUUUUUUUUUUCUUCUAAAUAGUAGCAAUCUGAUUUGCUUAAACGUAGCUCUGGCUGGAUAAAUAGCAGAAACCAUAGUGAUCUGUGCCUCUAUUUCCUCUUUCCUGUGACAGUCCUCUUCUGAUAUGCAGUGCACCCCCAUCCUAAACACGCUACGUUAAGUCUGCGUCGCAGUAAGGAUACUGGGUUCUGGCUCCUCAACUUAAAAUGAAGUUGAUUGCAAUUGUGCCUCUUUUGUGAUGUGAUAAUAGUGGCUCCCAAAUCAGCACUUGAUAGAGCAAGGUUUGCUGUGUGACCCAGAUGGGAAUGAGGUACUGGAUUUGUCUUAAAGGAGCUCAAGACCAACGUAUGCAUUAUCUAUAGAGGUCUCUCCUCUAACAUGGUACAAAUGACACUUCAGUCUAACUCUUAUGCAUUCUGUGUAGACAACAGGUACCUUUACUUCAGAUUUAUUUUUGUAUUCUUCAGUGCAACUUUUUCCUGUUUGUUCAGUUCUACAGGUUUUACUCAAGUGGUCAGGAAAGCCUUUUAGGGUUAGUCUCAAAUCUUUGAGCUGGUUGUGGGUUUGUUUUGUUUUUUAAACUGACUGCAACAUUGCAUGGAGAGAUUGGGGCACAACUAAUUGGACUCAAGGCAUCUUUCUCUUUAGGGCAGAUGUCACCCUGUGUAUUGGCAGGCCAUCCUCCCCAGUUGUACAGAUAUUUUAUAUAGACACACGUAUGUACAUCUGUAGAUACAUGUUUUUUAACUUUUUGCACUGAUCGUCACUCAAAGUGAAACCUUGAAUUAAAAAAAAAAUGGAGACUUUACAUUUUCACACAGAUCUAAAUGUCUAGAGAACCUACUGUAUUUUAUUUGCUGGAACAAUGGCUCACGAUGUUAGUGACACCCACAUGUACUCUGUAGCUGGCUUGCGGUGGCUUAUGGGGCUGCUUGCAAGUCCCAGGUCAGACUUGCAUGCACUCUCCUAACCUAGAGAAUGUCCAGAUGUGAGGUGAGUUCUGGCAACUCUGGUUUGAUUAAUGGCCACCCCAGUCCCACCUCUUUUUCAUCUCUGGGGUCGGGGGGUGGAACUUGGGUCAUUACCAGCUGCUCAGAAAUGGAAGCUCGAGCCAGGUGGCUUCUAACAAGGCCUUAUUCACAGACUUGACCAACUUGGCUCUAAAAUCUUUCAUAGUCUGGUACAGUGAUGUGGUCCAAAUUCCUCUCUGUAAAUCUGCAUGUAGUAUGCAUAAUUCAUUAAACUAUCAUCUCAAUCAAAGACACAGUAAAAUUACCCCCAAAAACACCCCCCAGACCUCAACCAUGACAUUAUUUUUCUUACCUAAGGAAAGUAGAUGCUUUUUGUUUCUCUGCAAACAAAGGCUGGGGAGGAAUUUGUAUUUUUGCUACAUGUGGCUAUAUGUAGCUGAAAUGAAUCUGUUCUAGUGGUGGAAUCAAAACUCUGAGCCCGUUGCAUGGGCUCGGUGUGUCCAUAGGAAGAGAGUGAAAAGGUUUGCUAGUAACAGAAGAGAAGUGUUGGCACAGGGAUUUCUUUAGAACAUUGCUUUGCUUCUUAAGCGUCUGGCAACCUCAGCCAUUCCACUUAACAGCAUCUAGGUAAAUUACAAAAGGUAGGAAGAUGUGGGUUGGCACAUCUGGCUUUUACCACCUGCUAAAUUCUGAUCCAGCUGUUGUAAAUAAAUUGAGUUGUGGCACACAUGAGCUGUAAUCCAAAGGCUUGGUUCAUCUUGAAGGUUAGCCCAUGAGUUGAUAUUUUGGCAACUGACAUGCACACUUCUGAGUUAGUCGAUCAGGUAGCUUCUACUGUAACACUCUCACACACGCAGGCGUAAGUUUUUUUUUUUUUUUUUUUUUUUAAGUUCUCAAACUCUUUCCCAGGGUUCCUGUGCAGGGAAAGGGUAGAGCUCUAGUUCUUGGUUUUUAAUGUUGUUAGUAUGAGGUUUUGAUAGCAGUGCUCACUGGAGAUGGCUCUAAACCAAAACCCCCAAAUCCAAACAGCCCUGAAAUUUGGGGGAAGUUCAGAGCUGGACCUGGACCCGAACCCUGUGGCUUGGACCCACCUCUAGUGAUAAGUAGUUUUAUAUGCCAAAUGCAGUUUCCCUUUUUGAGACAGAAAGGGAAUGCUAAUCUGAUGCUCUGACAAGCUCCACAAUACCCCUUCCCUUAUUUUCAACCUCCUCCCCUCCCCCCACUCACGCUCUUAACAGAGUUCUGGCUGACUUAAAUUUUGUUUUUUAAAAGAUUCUAACUUUUUGUUACAAAUAAAUAAAAAGUGGCAAUAUUUUUUUCUGUAAUAAGUUUUUCAUAGGAAAGCGUAGUUUGUAACAAAGUUGUACAGUUCUGAAGUUUGAGAUACAAAAAAAAAAAAAGUACUGUGUGGAACGCUGUAAAUGGGGAAGAGAUUAUUUUAUGUACAGUACCAUGGGGGGAAUCUUUUAAUUCUGGUUGAUUCUUAGGAAGAAUUUAGUUCUUCACUGUCAGGGUUUGGAAUUUCAUGGAUUUCAUUUUUUUUUUCUUGUAUAGAAUGCUGCAUUUAAUUGAAUAAAAGCAGAAAGCAUCA